AUGUUCGGCCUCCUACCCGACCUGACACCACGAGAUUCGCAUUCCAUCUGGUACACCUCGUCCCGCAACCCUCUGGCCCAGGCCGCCCUCCUCGAAGCCCACGAACAGUCGGGCGAGCAGACCCAACAACAACAGCAGCAGCAGCAGCAGCAGCAAGCACAACAACAUGGCUCGUCAUCCCGCCGCGCGGGCCAGCUCCUCAUCGAGCGCUCCGCCCUCGCGCGCCUACGCGCCGACGAGCAGUAUAUGGACCGGCGCAGGCUGAACGUGCGCAACUUUGGCAGCGGCUGGCUCAAGCCCCCCGGCAUCCCCAAGACGCUGCACCAGAUGCGCGAGGAGGAGAAGGAGCAGAAAGAGCACGCCGAGGCCAUGCGUCGCGAGGCGCUCGUGCAGGAGCUCGCCGAGGCCGGCGGUGCGGGGCAGGAUGUGCUUGAGGAUGGCGGGGACGACCUCGGUCCGGACCUGGACGCCGAGGUUCCCGACGGCGACGACGAGCCGCGCGACUUGGAUGACGAGAUCCCCGACGCGGACGGCAGUUUCGGCUUCGACGGCGGAGAGGACUCUGACGAGGAUGGUCUUAGCGGAAUGACGAGCAGCGUCGAGGAAGCUUCUGAGGAGGAGGAUGACGACGAUACCACGCAAGGCCCCGGCGAGAGCGGCGGCGGGGACGAAGACGAGGAGGAAAGACGGGAGGACCUCGUCGAGGCGCGCAUGCGCAUGGCGGAUGAUGCGUACCGGCAAGCCAUGGCCCGUGGUGACGCGGAUGGCGAGGACAUCUACGGCGGCGAGGAGGAGCUCGAGGCCGAGGGCGGGGGCCGCAUGCUCGACGAGGAAGACCUCCUGGCGGCCGGCGACGAGGACGACAUGGGCAUGGGCAUGGGCAUGGGCAUGGACAUGGACGCGGACCUGGACGACGACAUCCCCGAGGCGGGCGAGCUCAGCGGUGUGUACGAGCAGACCGAUUCCGAGGUGAACCUGAGCAGCAGCAGCGACGACGGACGCGGCGGGGCCAGCAGCGACGAGGAGGAGGACGACGGGGACAUCAGCUUCGCGCCGAGGGUUGCCGCGCCGUUGAGGGCGCCGCUGAGCCCAACGAGGGAGCGCGGGCCCAGGAGCAGCAUGGAUCUGAGCGGGCUGCUGUCUGCGGACAGCAGCAUGAUGGACAGCAGCAUGUUGCAUAGCAGUCCCAACGUCAGGGCCCAGAGGCGUUAG